CAACGGCAUUCCAUAACCACUAGUCUGUUGUCUUCCUCCACUCUCUGCAAAAUCCAGAGAGAGAGAGAAGAGAGAGAGAGGUGUGAAUUCUGCGUCCAUGGCGUCAAGUAGCUACACUUCGCUGUGUUCUUCCCCGACUCUGCCGACGAGACUAUCCCCAUCUCCAUCGCCCAAGCAAUCUCUCUGCUUCCUGCUCAACCUCAAUCACACCAAGGCCACCUCAUCUCUCACAAAUUCCUGCAGUCUCCAUUUGCUGAAACCGUCGAUUUUGGCGGCCAAAGCGUCCGAGACCAACGCCGAGACAUCCAAGGAGCAAGAGGAGGACAAGUACGAGGAGUAUGAGGUGGAGAUAGUGCAGCCCUACGGCCUCAAAUUCGCCAAGGGCAGAGACGGAGGGACCUACAUCGACGCCAUUGCGCCAGGAGGAUCCGCCGACAAGUCAGGCAAGUUCACCGUCGGCGAUCGAGUUCUCGCCACCAGUGCAGUAUUUGGGGAAGAAAUAUGGCCUGCUGCUGAAUAUGGAAGAACAAUGUACACUAUCCGACAACGAAUUGGUCCACUGCUCAUGAAAAUGCAGAAGAGAUAUGGAAAGACGGAUUACACGGGUGAGCUGACAGAGAAGGAAAUUAUCAGAUUUGAGAGGAAUUCUGGUGUUGUUAGCAACAAAGUUAGGGAAAUCCAAAUGCAAAACUACUUGAGAAAGAAAGAGCAAAAGGAACAGAGAGAGAGGGAGCUUCGCGAAGGGCUCAAGCUUUACAAGAGUGGGAAGUAUGAGGAGGCUUUGGAGAAGUUUGAGUCGGUAUUAGGGUCAAAACCGGAUCCGAAUGAGGCUUCAAUAGCAAGUUACAAUGUUGCUUGCUGCUAUGCAAACCUUGAUCAGAUACAAGCUGGACUAUCUGCUCUCAAGGAUGCUAUGGAAGCAGGAUUUGAAGAUUUUAAGAGAAUUCGAGCAGAUCCUGACCUCGACAACAUCAGGAAAUCGGAGGAGUUUGAGCCUCUUAUGAAGAAAUAUGAUGAGUCUUUCAUCAAUGAGAAUGCCAUCAACGCCAUCAAAUCUCUAUUUGGGUUCAACAAGAAAUGACAAAGAUUGUUACUAAAACUAGCAGAAAGAGCGACGCUAUGUAUAGUUUUAGUUGAGAGAUUCAUCAACAAAACAAUUUUUGUUUCCUUCAAGGUGUAUAGCACUUUCUGUUUCUUGCACACAAGCAUUAAAUUGAAUGUAACAACAAUGAUUCAAAUUGGUUGAGUUUGGUUAUAUUACAGUAGCCAUUGAUGUGGGAUUUCAUCUUAA